UUGUGCUGCAAAAUUUUGGCGUGACGCGGUCGGAAAAAUUUAAGUGCCCGGAAAUUGGCCGCAAGUGUCGGACAGAAACGCGGGUUUUCACGCGCUGCGUUCUGGAGUGGAAUUGGGACGUCGACCAGCAUCGCCCACGGACCCAGGGACGAGCAAGCCGCUCAAAUCGCCGUUCGUGGUCGCUCGUACCUAUAGCCGACCAAGCGGUCAUCAGCUCGGCAAUCCAAGAGGUAGGAUUUCCUGAUUUUAAAAGCGAACGCUUACGCUCUUUUCCAUUCCGUAGGAAAAGGAACGACCGAACGAGCCAGUUUCGCAGAGGUUCGCUAAUAGCUCUCGAGAAGGCCGCACACUUGCGGCCCCUUUUCGGAGAUUGGGAGAGAUGAGAUCUCAUCUCUGGCACCAAACCUUCGGAAACAACACCGCAGCCCCCUGAUAGACCCCAGGAGCACUCGCCGUGCUGUCAAUCGGCGCUCCAGGUCACCGAGCAGCCGAACAUCGAGGUAGAGGUACCUAAGGAGCUACCAAGGCAGUGCUCUGAACGCAGAACAGUGGAGCGGUUCCAUCAGCAGUACCAGGCGGUGCAAAACCCGCAAGAUAGUCCGCAGGCGGCGUUCGGAUCAGUGGGCAGCAGAGCAGAGAAGAAGCACAGCGGUGCUACUCGAUCGGUGCGCAGUGGAGGUGAAUUGAGCAGUGGCGGAUGCAGUUUCGCUUGCCGCUAAACGGUGCUCUGGCCACAGCCAGCGGAAGCUGGAUGAACACAGCUGGCAUGCUGAGGCAGGACCGGAAAAGCACCGAACAGAGGAGGUCCGAGCAGGCGUUCUGUGAAGCGAUUGUCCUGAUCGCCGUCGUUGCUGCCGUCUGCGCCGAUGAUAUGCCCGCGGAAUCGAUGAAGUCCAAGCGUGGACUCAGCCUGAGCCUGGGCUAUCAUGGAUACCAUGCCCCAGCGGUCGUUUCGCAUGCCGCCUAUGCCGCUCCAGUGAUCGCCCACUCCGCCCCUCUGGUGGCUGCCCCCGCUGUCUAUCAUGCUCCGGCUGCCAUCACCAAGACCUAUGUGGCCCACACCCCAGUUGUGCACCAUGCCCCGGCCUAUGCUGCCUAUCAUGCCCCGGCCGUUGUUGCCCACGCUCCUCUCGCUUACUCCCACGCCCCCAUCUAUCACGCCUUCCACCGUCGUUAAGAGAGCGAGAUGGAUUUGUUGAUUUUAAGCAGCAAUAGCUUUAGCGAGGCUUAAGUUUUUUGUUCGUUUUCAUGAUGUUUUUUUUGUUCUUUUUGUCUAAGAUAAUGAAAAAAGUGGAAGAAACAACCCCGUCAUUAGAAUAAGCGCCGUUUAAUCAACUCGAAUGUUGUAAGUUUGUGUGUGUAAAUAGUUCAAGACCAAAGUGUCUUGAAUCAAAAUUUCUGCUUGCCGUUUUUUUUUGUUUGGAUAAUAAAACAGAAAC